AUGUUGCUAUAUGAAGAAACUUCAGCUCAAGUGUAUCAGAACUACCUUGAAUUGCCUAUGUUCAUCCAAAUUCGCGACGAUGCAAAAGCGUUACGGUACAAUUAUUUAUGUUUCUUCCCACCAUCUAUAUACCUAUACAACAAUAGCAUCAGUGGCAAUAUACCAACUGAAAUUGGCCAACUGCGGCUUCUCCAUAAGUUGGACCUUGGCUUCAACAACUUCUCUGGAAGCAUCCCAGACCAAAUAUCCAACCUCAAAAACUUGGAUACAUUGGAUCUCUCCAAAAAUCAUCUGACUGGAAAAAUCCCAGAAUCAUUGAAGGGCCUUAAUUUCUUGUCAUAUUUGAAUGUCUCAUACAAUGAUCUUGAAGGGCCAAUACCAACAAGCACUCAGCUUCGAAGCUUCCAAUCCUCUGCAUUUGAGGGGAAUCCGAAACUUUGCGGUGCCCCGCUACCAAACGAAUGCAGAACAACUAGUUGA